CAGCUCCAGCCGUUAAGACACCCUCCCCUGUGUGUGUGUGUGUGAGAGAGAGAUAAAGAGACAGCAAGUGAGUCCCGAGGAGCUCAUGCACCAGAAGAGCAGCCACCGGGAGGGAACAAGGGAUCACUCCGACUGAAGCCCCAGUAGGACAGAAACGAAUACGUCAUCGAGGGAGUCAACUCUUCCAAGCUGGGACUCUUGUGACUGCAACCAUAUGAAGAUCUUCAAAGCAGGGUGAUGGUGGUGCCAUAUGAAAGCCAGGGCUAUUCCUCCCUGCGUAGGGAGUGCCAGCAGCGUCGAGUCCUGUUUGAAGACUCUGUGUUUCCGGCUAUGGACCAGUCUCUGUUCUACAAGACCAACCGCAUAGGAACCAUCACCUGGAAGAGACCUAAGGAGCUGUGUGAUAACCCCAAGUUGUUUGUGAAUGGUAUCAGUGCUCAUGACCUCCUCCAGGGCCAGCUGGGGAACUGUUGGUUCGUAGCUGCAUGCUCCUCCCUGGCAUCCAGAGAAACUCUGUGGCAAAAGGUGAUUCCGGAUCAUAAGGACCAGGAAUGGGAUGAGGAGAAGCCGGAAUCUUAUGCCGGAAUUUUCCACUUCCGCUUCUGGCGCUUUGGAGAAUGGAUUGAUGUUGUCAUCGACGACCGGUUGCCCACUGCGAACGGCAACUUGGUGUAUUGUCACUCCAGUGACAGCAACGAGUUCUGGAGCGCCCUGGUGGAGAAGGCUUAUGCCAAGAUGUAUGGUUGUUACGAGGCAUUGGACGGGGGCAACACAGCGGAUGCGUUGGUGGAUUUCACUGGUGGCGUCUCGGAGCCCUUGGACCUGCUGGAGGAAGGGUUGAGUACAGACGAGGAGAAACGCUCAGUGCUGUUCGACAGAGUCCUCAAGGUUCACAACAGAGGAGGCCUCAUCAGCGCCUCCAUACGGGCGGCCAGUUCAGCGGAGAUGGAGGCUCGUCUGGCCUGUGGUCUGGUGAAGGGUCAUGCCUACGCUGUGACAGACGUUAGAAAGGUCCGGCUGGGCCACGGCCUCAUGGCUUACUUCAAGUCCGACAAACUCACAAUGAUACGACUCCGAAACCCCUGGGGAGAGAGCGAGUGGAAAGGAGCCUGGAGCGACAGCUCAGAGGAGUGGGGGAAGGUGAGUAAGAGUGAAAGAGAGAAGAUCGGAAUGACGGUGCAGGAUGAUGGAGAAUUCUGGAUGACAUUUGAUGACUUCUGUCAGUACUUCAGUGAUUUGAUCAUGUGUCGUCUGAUCAACACUUCCUACCUGUCUCUCCACAAGACCUGGGAGGAGGGCUCUCUAAAGGGCGCCUGGCGGAACCAUGACGACCCGCUCAGCAACCGCGCCGGGGGCUGCACCAACAACAAACACACCUUCCUACAGAACCCACAGUAUGUGUUCAACGUGAAGAAGCCAGAGGAUGAGGUGCUGGUAUGUCUACAGCAGACAGACAGAAGAGCCAGACCUAAAGAGGGGAAAGGAGAAAACCUGGCUAUAGGCUUCGAGAUACACCGGGUGGAGUUAAACAGGCAGUACCGUAUGCACACUCGGCAGCAGAAGGUGUGUGGGAGUGUGUACAUCAACUCCAGGUGUGUGUUCCUACGCUGUGUCUUGAUGGAGGGUCGUUACGUUGUCAUACCCACGACCUUUGACCCCGCUCUGGAAGGAGACUUCCUGUUACGCAUCUUCACUGACGUCCCCGCCGACUGCAGAGAGUUAACCCUUGAUGAGCCAGCCCAGACGUGUUGGUCAGGACUGUGUGGUUUCCCUUCCCUGGUCACUCAGAUCCAUGUCCACAGAGCAGAUGGACUGGCUGGACAAGACUCUGAUGGAGCAUCAGAUCCAUAUGUCAUCAUUCGUUGUGAGGGGGAGAAGGUUUGUUCUCCGGUCUAUAAAGACACCCGCAGCCCAACCUUUGACACCAAGGCUCUAUUCUACAGGAAGAAAACUAACCAGCCUAUACUGAUAGAGGUGUAUAACAACAACGUGUUGAUGGAUUCCUUCCUGGGUCAGGUCAGUUUGACCUCUGACCCCGGCGACCCCCAGCAGGUUACCGUCCACCUGAGGGACAAGGGUAAUCACCAAGACAAUGACCUCCCGGGUACGCUCACCGUCUCCAUGGUGACCAGCAACAUUCUCACUAACAUCUGACUAACCGUCAACCAAUCUAUCAAUCAGUGCCUUACUCCCUCCGUCCAAUAGGAGAGAGAAGCCAUAAAAAUAUAUUAAUUUGCCAUAAAACAUAUCUGUUGAGGGACCAAAGUUAGCCUUCCAGACGAUAUAGUGUUGUUUUUACUGGGUGUAGUACUAACUCCAACCACAUAGGGGCAACAGAGGACAGAUAAUCUCCUAGUUCUUCUUUCUCAUUUUAUAACCACUUUAACUUGUGCCAUUACUGAUAUAUAAAUGCAUGUCCAGUAUUUCAGCAGUAUAUGUUGUCCUGUUUACAUUUAUUCCCAUGUUUUACAUUUCAGUCAGCUUUGUACUAGUCUCUCUCAAGAAACUGAGUUGAUCUGGGUGCUGAGAGCGGCUACUGACAUUUCUAGUCUUUCAAUAAGACACUUAUUUUUGUUAACUUCAUAAUUCAACUUUUAAAAAAUUAGAUUUCUGUCUUGCUCUACUUUGUAUCACAUUGAUUUUCCAGUGGGAGGCCAAAUACUCAGUAGCGACACAUCAUUCAGGGCAUUUGAGCCUCACCUGUUUAGCAUGUUAUUUUGGCAUUCAUUCAUACGUGUCACAUAUUAGUUGGCAAACAAUGUAACAAAAAAAUAAAUACAUCUAAUACUGAGUUAAUAAAGCUGUAUAACAAA